AGAAUAUGUACGUACAAGAAUUCUAUGUUUUGUUGCUGAAAGAGAGACUGACAGACAAAGAAAAGCUCCAGCCCAGUCCGGGGCCGCGGCCCGGUCAGGGUACAGUGUCAAUGGUUUUCUUCUUUUUCAUGCUCCUGUCCCUGCUUGGGGAUCAUUCGACCGCCACGAGGGACGAAACGACGGAGCAGCUACCUCGUCUUGACGCGACCACGACCCAGAGCGGAGCUACUGAAGAUGAGCAUGAAAAAGCCACAAGCAGUACUGUCACCAACCCGGACGGAACAUUUUCCCCAGUCGAGAACAAUGAAGAAGCGCCAGCAGACCAUACGGACAUACCUCAUAGCGAUGAAGAGGUAGACCACGGCUUCUUAGAGGUAGAGCACCAGAAGAACGAACUGCAACAAUCAGGAGGGGUGUUUGGCAGUCGUAGUACCACCACCACGAAUACAACAACAGGGGAAACAGAAGCAGUACAGCAGGACACGACAAAUAAAGAAGUUGAACAGCGCGGCGGGCCGGAGCAUCUGCUCACAACAUCCGGAGCAACCCAAUGUCCGAAAUCCAUCAGCCUCCAGUCCCUGGACAAGGCGAGAGAAAGCUUGGUCAAGCUGUUCCACCAGCGCAUGGAGAACGUGAAAAAUAUGUACGAAAAGUCCGCACAGUAUCCUGUGCAAAAGUAUCGUACUCGUAUUGCAAUCAUGCAUUAUAGAUUCUCGUCUUAAGGUAAAUCAGCAUUACAAAUUUUAUUUCUCAUGCUGAGGGAAUUUGUCAUGCGUUUAUACGAGUACGAUACUUUUGCAGUUCAUACACAGGAAGAGGAGGAAGAUGGAGAGGCAGAGCACGGAAAUUCUGGACCACAAGACGAGAAGGAGAUCCGCCGCGCCCUGCAGUUUUGCGACUGCGACCUGGACCAAGACGGGCAGUUGACGGUGCAGGGGGGAGGAGGUGGGAGGGCAUCCGACCUGUGGUCUUCAACUUUUGAUCAUACUAGCGCCAGAAGAGCAACUUCUACAUCUUCAGCUGCAGCCACUCUUUCAAGCGGGAUCAUGAACAACGAAGAAGAUAGUAGCAUCAAAGAAGAGGAAGUAGUAGGGCAGGCACAGCCACAGCCACAGGAUGUUGACCACGAAGAGUCGGAAUUAAUGGUGAUGUCCCUGGGUGGAGCAGGCGGAGGUGGUGAGGAUCAUGGCCUCCAUCAUAAGUCACAAGCUGCUGCUUCACGACCUGGAGCUGCUGGCGGCGCUGAGGACACGUCGACCAAUACUUCAUCAACGACAGAAGUAGACCACGUGGGCAAAAAUGAUGGUGGUCAACAUAUUACAAGUACAGCAGAUCAUCUUCAUGAUAAUGAUCACGAUUCCGAAUACAAUAAAGCUCAUUUCGCAACUGUCUCCUUUCGGCAGUUCAUCACUGCACCGGAGGAGGACGAGGAGGAUGAGGAUCUUGACGAUAGUACUACUAAGGAUUCAGCGGAAAUAAAGCAGCAAAAGACUGACGCCGCACUUCGAGAAGACCCUAACAUGGUCCCCUCCACCCCCACUUCAAAUCCGUCGCCAAUUAGCACGAAAAAUGCUCUCUACAGCACUUUCGCGGCCAAAUCCCUUUCCGAGUUCGACCGAGUGAUGAUAAAAAAGCUUGCAGACUACAUCGAAUCUGGGAAGAUUUCCUGUCUAAAAACCGAGGAAGACGCUCUCCACGCGGUGCACUUUCUGACGUACUUUCACGACUUUGCAGCUGACGGUGUCGAGGGACCACGACAGGAUCACGUCGGAAGUACUUCUCAAAACCACAGCUGGAGGGCAAAGAUUCGGGAAAAACUCGCUGCGUGGAAAGAGUACUGGUUUGGUGGAUCUCGAUCAACACGGGAUCUUUCGUCAACAACAUCUUCUUCCCCGGCGGCAGAAAGAGCGGGUAAUGAGGGUCGCGACGCGAAAAAUGAAAAGGAAAAGCCCGCUGUGGAAAUGGAAAUCCAGGAAUAUGUGGACCACAUGCGUCAAGAGCAAUCAGAUGAACACGACGGUCCAGAGAGGAUGAGGAAAAGGCACGGCGCGGUCGUCGCAGAUAGUACUCUACAACUUCGCGGGAGUGAAGUUCACCCUACGCCCGCCGGGGCGGGGGAACGCGAAGAACGGGCAAGCAAGUCCGAGCACUCCUUCGUUCAGACAGGGACGACGCGGGUGGAAGAAGGCACAUAUCAACUGCAAAUGUGUCUGGAUCUGGAAGAAUGCGACUUGUGAUGCUGCAUUUGGAUUCCAGAAAAAUCUGUAUUGUAUGAGCAGCAAAAGAAAUCGAAUUUUUGCUACAAGGAGAGGGCAUCUGUCAUGCGGAAUAGGCAUCAAGCAGCCCUCAACAAAUCUGUGAUGCUAGGGCAUGCAUCACUUGCAUCAUGGCUCACGCAAAACGUGCAUGACAAGUUUCAGAAUCUUCUUCCAGACCCAGACAUAUUUGCAAUGCAUAGCACGAGUACUAGUACCUCCAAAGAACUACACCUCCAACAAGUUGUGCAAACGACGCAGAGGACCACAACUAGUACACAAGAACAUCGGAAGAUGAACAAGAUGAUGCAAGAACUACAGCGCCUAUCCUGAGUAAAAACGUACCCACACCAGAGUCAGGAUGGGGAUUUUGCAACACAAACCUAGGAGUUUUGUGAGUCACGCAUCACAAGUUGCAGUCCGUAGUGUAGUGCAGGUUCGCAAGGCCAGCUGUAUCAGAAAUCCAUCUGCUCACUCUGUUUACAGCAUUACAAAUUCCAAAACACGAUUGAAAAUGGUUCUCAUGCGGAUGCGCAUUACAAGUCUUCCUGUCUUUGCAAAUCUGCAUUACAACUCUGGUGUGGGUACGUUUUUCCUCAGGAUAGCGCCUCAGCCUGCACCGCCUCGCGUUGGAGAUUGAUUCUGCAGCUGCUGUGGUCGUUUUCGCCGCAAUCGUCGCGACUGGGACGAUAUCCUGUGCAAAAGUAUCGCACUCGUAUAAAUGCAUUACAAAUUUAUUUUCUCAGCAUGAGAAAUAAAAUUUGUAAUGCUGAUUUGCCUUGACGAAAAAAUUUGUAAUGCAAGACCUGCAUUUAUACGAGUACGAUACUUUUGCAGUUCAUAGACGAGUGUGAUAUUCCGGAAGUACAUCAAAAACGCAUUUUAUUCAAGGAGAAAACUGUGGAUAUUACUAGCGUAAAUUUCUUGGAGGAACAGCAUCACAAAUUUGCGCCGCAUCACAGCGAAAAUUUGCGUAGUUAGGACGACGUGAAAACACGUACGAAAAGACCCUCUGAUGCAUGGCAAGUAUGGCCACGGGUAGAGCUGUCCUGUGGCCUCGUGUGCAUCACAAAGGUACACUCUUACACAGUCUUUUUCUUGCAUACAUUUACCAAAAUCCCCGGCUGCAUUCGGAGAACCGUGUCCCGACGACUGUGGUCCUGGUGGAACCCCUAUCUUGUGCAAAAGUAUCGUAUUCGUAUUGCAAUCAUGCAUUACAGAUUUUUCUGUUAAGUCAAAUCCGCAUUAGAAAUUUUAUUUCUCAUGCCAGGGAAAUUUGUAAUGCAUUUUUUUAUACGAGUACGAUACUUUUGCAAUGCAUAGCCCCUACCUCUGCAAAGCAAACACAGUGGACCCCCACACCAGUGCGCCAGUGGGCUGCGACGCGUUGGUGCACCGACGAAAUAAGCGGUACCGCAAUUUGGGGCAACGCAUCGAGUACGUAGAGCAUUGGCGCGAGAACAAAAGGUCGGAACGGAGGGAGAUGUGGGGAAAAUGCGAGAAGAUUCGCGUAAACAUGCACGAGGUAAGGCGGAGUCUGAAACUAGAGCUCGCGAAGAAAAACUACCAAAGGAUCGAGAAACCAGGGUGGUUUACACAAUGGUGGUACAACAACCGUUUUUAUCAAAUGCAAAUAUGUCUGGGUCUGGAAAUUAAUUUGGAAGACUUGUCAUGCAGGUUUUCCAUGACGCGUGAGGUCUGUCAUACAUGACCCAGCAUGACAGAUGCUGCCCGACCUCUGUCAUGCCUCGUCUGCAUGAGAAACUCCUUUCAGCUUGGUCAAAAGCAAAACAACUCAACAGCUUUUGGCAAAUCACGCAACACAGAUUUUUGCACUAUCCAGAAUUAGCAUGACACGUUGCAUUCUUCCAGAGGACCCAGACAUAUUUGCAAUGCAUAUCUUUCGACGGGAGAAGAUCGACUGGAGAAUGAUGUACGACCCGUGCAAAAAACUCGGGGGCGAAAAGGUUGUGAUGAAGAACUUGCUAGGAACUGCAAAAGUAUCGUACUCGUACUAAUUAUUGCAGCUAUGCAUGACAAAUCUUGUCCUUAAGGUAAAACAGCAUGACAAAUUCCAGCUCUCACGCUAAGGAAAUUUGUAAUGCAUUUAUACGAGUGCGAUACUUUUACUUUUGCGAGUCAUACCUGCUCGCGCAAGAUUCUGAAGAAUCGGUGAUACGUCCGUGCUGCAUCCUUGUGCGAUCGAGUAUGUUUUUAGUUUUUAUUCUUCUGCAAGAUCUUUUGGUAUGAAGUGUAAAGGUAAGAGUAAGCAUUGAGCAUGAUGAUGAUGCCUCGUUACAUGCAGAAAUACUACUACCAGCGUAUUAAUUGGGUGCACUUGCACUUUUCCCUUCAUGCUGGAAAGUUGAGCACAAAGCUGUAGGAAAAUGAUUUGUCAUGUGCAAGAACGGACAUGAUGAAAAAUUAUACUGGAAAUUAAUAUACUUCGCAGGCGACUAUCCAAGAAAAAAAGUGUGUAAGUGUAACUUUUUUGCAGGAACAGCAUCACAGAUUUGUUUUGCACGACAGAGAAAACCUGCCAUGCGUAGCUAGUACGCGAAAACACGUGAGAAAAUAGUAUUUGAUGCAUAACCACCAGGACAAGUGUAAGUGUAUUGCAACAUCUGCAAGACAAAGUUACACUUACACAGUUUUUUCCUUGCAUAGCGACUGGGAACCCGUCUACGAUCGGGACAAGGCGAAGCCGAGAAAGAAACGCCUGAUCGAAUACGCAAAUUGCAAAAGGAUCGGAGUAGUAGAAAUCGCGUGACAAAUUUCGUCAGCAGGAAGAGAGAUGAAAUUUGUAAUCCGGGUAUGCCUUGAGAAAGAGAAUUCUAAUGCGUGACUGCAAUUACAGCUACGAGUACGAUCUACUUUUGCAGGGCAUACGGAGGCUGAGGAAGGCGACGAAUAUCGGGAGGAGUGAAACAAAUAGUGGGUCAUGGUUGGAGUUCAUCUUGCCGGAGUAAAAAAAUCGGAUUCUUGCGCUUCUAGCGGUUCGCCAUGAAUAAAAUCAUGACAACUUCUACUACACAGGCCAGCGAAGGCGAACGCAGUAAAGCUAAAGUAAAGAAACAUAGUCAAUUCAAAUCUACAUGAUCACUAGCCUCUUCUUCCACCCUCUUGGCUGUGGAGGCUUUAUUGAUGUUAU